UGGCGGCGGCGGCGGCGGCUCCCCCCGGACCGAGCGUGCGGCCUGAGCCUGGGCGUGGAGAGCGUGCCCACGGCCGUCUGCGCGGAAGCUCUGGCCUUGCCCCGGGAGCGGGGAGCGGACUCCUUGCGCUCACUAUGCCCCAGAGUGGGCCAUGCUGAGGCUCCGGGCCGUCGUCCCUAAAACUGUCGCGCGCGCCUUCGGCCUCUGUGGCCCCCGCCUCGGGAGCUUCGGCAUGUUUUACGCUGUGAGGAGGGGCCGCAAGGUCGGCGUGUUCCCCACCUGGAGUGAAUGUCAAGCACAAGUGAACCGAUUUCCUGCUGCCCGGUUCAAGAAGUUUGCUACUGAGGAUGAAGCUUGGGCCUUUGUCCGAAAUACAAGCCCUGAUCAUUCAACAGAACAGAAAAAGGAAUGUAACACACAAGACCACAAAAUGAAGCCAAAGAAGAGACCCUGUGAAUCAUCAGAUGAAGAGGAAGAUCCUUGCUCAAAGCUUGCAAAACAAAAUACAGACUCCAUACCUUCACUUAGCAAAAAUAUUUUUUCUUAUAUGGGAGAUGCAGCUGUAGUAUACACAGAUGGCUGCUGCUCCAGUAAUGGGAGGAGGAAAGCACGAGCUGGUAUUGGUGUUUAUUGGGGGCCAGGACAUCCUCUAAAUGUGGGCGAUAGACUUCCUGGGCGACAGACAAACCAGAGAGCAGAAAUACACGCUGCCUGUAAAGCAAUCGAACAAGCCAAGAAUCAAAACAUCAGUAAGCUGGUUCUUUACACAGAUAGUAUGUUUACUAUAAAUGGUAUAACAAGUUGGGUUAAAGACUGGAAGAAAAAUGGCUGGAAAACAAGCACAGGAAAAGAAGUCAUUAAUAAAGAAGAUUUUGUUAAGCUUGAUACACUUAUUCAAGGCAUAGACAUAAAAUGGAUCCACGUACCUGGUCAUUCAGGGUUUGCAGGCAAUGAAGAAGCUGAUAGAUUAGCAAGAGAAGGAGCUAAAAAACCACAAGAAUCAACAUAGCAUAAUUUUAAUAAUCUAAUUAAAGAGCAAAUCGAGUGCUCUUUAGUCAUUUGCAUGAAAAUUUGCCUACAAGACAUGAAGCAAGUGGACUUGGGAGCAUUCUUGUUUGAUUAGAAAAACUGUCUAGUUUAUUAUUGAGAUAUGGUUCAGCAUUUUAAACUCCCCUUCACUUUACCCUGAAUGCAAUCUAUUUAUCAUUGAGAAUUGUUUGGGAUUUCAGCAUAAAGUAGAUAUAGCUAUUUAAAAAUUAAAGUGACUUCCUAGGUUUAUUUUUUUUUAAGGUUUCUUUGUAGCUAGAAUAGAAAUGAACAUGAUACUAUAUUUCAAAUGAUUCUUAAUUUGAUUGGUGUGAGCACUCCAAAAAAAAGAUUGCAAGCUCUGCGUGCCUCGAUUCAUUGUUAGGAUUUGGGUUUUCUUGUUUUAAUAGAAAAAUUUACCAGCACAUGUGCAACCUCACUUCUCUGAACUUAGCUUAGUUGGUCCAUGGAUGACACAUGUACACACAAAGUUCAUGACUUUCCAGCUUGGUAGGGACCUAUCAGAUCAUAAAACUGGUAGAAUUACUUUCAACAACCUAGAACCACUUAUGUGACUUUGUCUGGGCAUUGUCGACUUUAGUGGAAGAUAUAUGUUACCAUACAAGUAUAAAUAAACCCUAAGAAACAAGUUUGUACAAAUAAAACAUUCUUUGACUGCUCAUGUGAAAAUGCUGCAUAGAUUAUCAAGGAAUUUGUGGUCCCUUAUGAUUUGAUUUAUAGCUGCAUUUUAGAUAUUAAAAAUAUAGUAAAUCCACAAAAAUCUAGUAAGACCUUUACCAUGACAGUCUUCAUAAUUAUCCUUUUGUUGUCUUAAAAAGUGAAAUAAAACAUCAGCAUUUUAAACUUGAUUUAAGGUCAAUUUAUAUAAUUAUGAAGCCUCCUAGCAGAGUAGAAGUUAUCAGAUAUUCUCUAUACUAGUGGUUUAAAAAAAGUAACUCAUUCAGAUUUCUUUCUUCUUUCUCCUUCUCAGGAGUAGGUCUUCUCUUAUCUCUAGUCUUCUCAGGAGUAUUAUAAGUAAUUUUGAGAAUAAUAAAUGUCACUUAUUCUUUACUUGGAAAAGCCUAUAUAUAAAGGGGAAGAAUCAACCUUCUUGUAGCUUGAGUAGCACACUUCAGUAACAUGGCACCAACCCAGCUUGGAUCUCACUUCUGCCUAGUUUUGGCUCUGCCACUGUCCCUAUAUGUGACUUUGAGCAAGAUCUGGAUCCUUGGGAAUCUCAAUAAAGGGAUUGGACUAAAUUCUUAAAUUUCUAAGCUGUUUUUACACUCAAUUUACUUGAGAUAAAAUCCUGUGCUUCUAUGGUAAAGUUGUCAGGAAAAGCCUACCUCCUCUUCCCUCUAACUCUCAUUUCCCACUCAACAAAUUUAGUGAAUUAAUGAUCAAAGUUUGGCCAAAGCAUGUAUUUAAUUUUAAAUGUUGAUUGUGCAUAAAUGUUUGUUCUUGUAAUUGUAUUUAUGAUUAUAUGUUGCUUUUCACAUAAGAAUAUGGUACUGAUUUCCUAACGAGGCAUGUGCCUGUGAGCACAUUUUUUUGUGUGUUUUGUUUUUUUAUUUGUUUUUUUUUCCAUCCAAACUAUUUUCUUGCUCAACUGGCAUCAUGACAAAUCACACUUUGCUAGAACAAAUUAAUUAGUCUACUUAAACAUCUAGUGUCAAUUAGUAGUAUUAAUUUGCAUAAUUCUAUCAAAAUUCAAUAACUUAUUUUUAAAGAACAUAAUGAAUAAACAUCACUUGUUUACCUUGGUGACAGUUUUCCUUUUAUAAAAUUUGAAUGGUGGAAGUUUAAAUUUGAUAAAACCUAAAAUAUGAAAAAAAAAAAAAAAGAAUUUUUACAUUUUAAAAAUGGAGUCAUGAUCAUUGGACUUUGAGAUAUUUAUUAUGGACAUAAUGCCCAGUUUUUGAUUUUUUUUUUUAUUCAAAAAACAUGAGAUGUCCUAGAUUUAAUUUUUACAAGUCCAGUUGAUAAUGAAGGACCCUCAAAGAAUCAGUGUCUUAAAUGACCGAUGGUUAUUAAAACAUGCCUCUAACAGAGAGCAAUACAAAUUUUUAAUUUUUUAAUAGUGGCCUUUUUAUACAUGUACUUUAUGCUACACAGUGUUAGGGCAUAGUAGAUGGAGUGCUGAACUUGGCAUCAGAAACCCUCAGUUCAGAGCUUGUCUCAGACAUUAAUUGUAUGAUUGGUCUGAACUUUUUUAUUUGUAAAAGGGUUAUUGUGAUGGUCAAAUAAGACAUACGUGUAUAUGUCUGUGUUUAUGUAUAUUUAAAGUGUUUUGUAGAUCUUAAAGAACUAAAAGUAAGCUGUUCUCAUUUGACAUAUUCCUGAUAGAUUUUUAUAAAUUGAGUCAGGAGAGGUCAGUUUUAACAAAAUUUGAUUGUCAAUUUUAUAGGUAAUAGGAAUUACAUUUCUUUAUCUCCCUGUGGUACCAGGAGGAUAGUGCAUUCCAUUCUUCUUUUUCUGGGCAGCUGCCCAGUGCUUUGAAUAACUUUGCCUAAAGAGAAGUCUGGAAGAGGGUGAGACAUUUGUCUGAAGUGAAGUACUUUUGCGGAAGGGAACUGAGGAAAAGAAAAAUAUCAUUAAUAAGUCAUUAUGAGCCUACAUGAAAUUGGAGGGAGAAAUCUAAGUAAGAUGCAAGGAGAGGAUGUUCCUCUCGUCUCCUGGAGCCCUGUUGUAAAAGAUCUGAGGCUGUGAAACUGACCCUUUCUUUGCAGGCUUAAUGAAAUGGUGUAUACUGCAAACCUUGUUGUAUGAAAAGAGUCUAGAAUGAGUGUUCACCCAGAGGAACUAUUAUUACCGAGCUGGUCCCUUAAGAGUGUAAUUUGCAAAAAAAAAAAGGAAAGAAAAGAAAAGAAAAGAAAAUUGACCAGCAAUGAAAACUAGACAACAGAGUUCUUGGAUAAACUACCAUCACCUUCAAGAGGUUGACGAAAACUUCAGGAAAUGGUUUGGCGGCUUGGAAUCAGGAGUAACAACUAGUAAUACUUGUCUACUAAGAACUAGAGUAGUAAUUCUUAAUGGGGAAACUGAGCUUUUUUAAAAAAAAUUUUUGAUUGUUAUUUUAAUAAAAUUGACUUUUAAUACA